ACUGUUAUGUGGAUCAGAUAUUUUUCUCAUCAGAACUUGAAUAUCUUCAUCCUCUUGCUUCUCUCGAGCCACUUUGCAUUUUCAGGGUAAAAUAACAGGAAACAGCUGAUCCAGCUCGGUCCUUCACUCACUCGUCUUUAUCAAAUCAAGAUGAAAACUUUACUGUUGUUGCUUCUCUUCUGUCACGUUUCAUCACCAGUGCUACACUCCCUUAAGUUUUUCAUUACUGCAUCAACUGGAAUCCCAAACCUGCCAGAGGUUGUGCUGACAGUAGAAGUUGAUGAAAUUAUGACUGUGUACUGUGACAACGGAACACUGGAUGUAAAGGACAUUGUUAAAUCAUUCUUCAUAAAGUAUCCUGAGCGGUUGGAGUGGUACAGACAAAGAUGUUUCAAUUUUUUUCCAAACUUCUUCAAAUCCUUGACUCACAGUUUGAUGUGUCUCUUCAACCAAACUGGAGGUGUCCAUGUUUUACAGAGAGUGAGUGGCUGUGAGUGGGAUGAUGAGACUGAAGAGGUCAAAGGUUUCUCUCAGUUUGCUUAUGAUGGAGAAGACCUUUUGAAAUUGGAUUUGAAUACAUUGACAUGGAUCGCUCUAAGACCUGAGGCUGUCAUCGCCAAACCGAUAUGGGACGCUGAUAAAGUUAUGAGAGAACACUAUAAGACUGCUUUUACUCAGAUUUAUCCACAGCGGCUGGAGACCUAUGUGAAAUAUGGGAGGAGCGUUCUGCUGAGAACAGAGCUUCCCUCAGUGUCUCUCCUCCAGAAGACUCCCUCCUCUCCAGUCAGCUGCCUCGCUACAGGUUUCUACCCUCACAGAGCCUCACUCGUCUGGAGGAAAGAUGGAGAGGAGCUUCAUGAGGAGGUGGACCACGGAGAGAUCCUCCCCAACCACGAUGGAACCUUCCAGAUGAGUGUUGACCUGAACCUUUCAUCAGUCACACCUGAAGACUGGACCAGGUACGACUGUGUGUUUCAGCUCUCUGGUGUGAAGGAGGGAAUCAUCACCAGACUGGAGAAAGAUCGGAUCAGAACCAACUGGGGUAAGAGUGAGAUCAGAGGGUGCUGA